AAAUCAGUUCAAUUAGCCAAAUUUAUAGAGCAGCAGCGACAACAUCAAAGCUCUCCGAGGCUAAUUAAGGACCGACAACAUAGAAUGCCAGCGGCAGCAGCAACACCAGCCCCAGCUUCAACAUCAAACUACACAAUGUUGCUGCCAAUUGCGAUAUCACGUCGGCAUUUAAUUGCUCUCGUUGUGACAACAAUAUUAGCCAGCUGCUGUCAGCUGUGUGCGGCUCAGAACUCGACGUUCGUGGCAACAAUUGUCAGCUCGAACAACACGUUGCAGACGCUGAACGAGACGCGGCUCAAUGAAACGAUAACAAUCAAUAUAAGUGAGAUUAUUGCAGCUGCGACGGGCGACGGGCCGACUGAUAGCACAACAGCAACGACGGACACGACGACAACGACAACAGCAGCAACAAUAACAACCACACCUGACGGAGCAACAUCGGAAUCAACAUCAACAACAACACCAGCAACAAGCUCAACGACGCCAGCAGCAGCAACGGACACGACAACAGCAGCAACUGAUACGACUACAACAGCAGCAACUGACUCAACAAGCAGCACGACAGCAACACCUGAUUCGAGCAGCUCAACUACAGCAGCAACAGACACCACAACAACAUCAACGACAACAGCAACAGAUACCUCAACAACAACAACAACACUUGCUGCUGAGACAACAACAACAACAACAGAAGCAACAUCCAGCACCACACCAGCAGCAGACACCUCAAGCACUACAGCAACAUCGACAUCCACAGAGGCAACAACGACAACAACAACAACAACAACACUUGCUGCUGAGACAACAACAACAACAGAAACAACAACAACUACUACAACAGCUGCACCUACAACAACAACGAUGACGACAACAACAGCAGCAGCUGCUGCCGAGGUCACAGCAGCAACAACUCUGGAGCCCUUCCCAAUCGCUCCAUAUCCAACCGUUUACGGUCAGCUGGCCAGCCUGGAUAUAGCCAGGCAGAUGCGCAGGCUCAAGAAGGAGCGAUUGGGCCGAGUGGGCAGGAAGCCAGGACGCAAAGGCCGCAAGCUGCGCAGGCGCAGCACAACAACAACAACAACAACGCCAGCGACGACAACUGCAGCUGAUGAUGAUGAUGACAACAAUGAUGAUGGUGAUGAUGGCAAUGACGAUGGUGGCAACGCUGCUGAAGAUCCCAUAUUGGUGGAGCCCCUGCCAGAGUUGCCACUGCGCCUGGGCAACAUCGAGAACCAGCGCAUCGAUCAAUGAACACGCAUCGAUUUAUGAAUCACUAAGGUAGAUUUAACAUUUAUGACCUAAUAAAGCCUCAUAUUGAACGACUUA